UGUUUUUUAAUAGUGGCGCCAUUUGGCAGGGCUGUCUGUCGUUCGAUUACUCAUUAACAUCCAUAACAAGAUUUAGAUCUCUGUCGAAGCAAUGAUCUGACAUCGUAAAUUUCUAUAUCGGCUCUUAGUCAUAGUUGAAUUAAACCAGUUAUGGGAAUAAUAAGAUUCUACUAUUGGCAAACAUAAUAGAAGAAGUAGAUGUGAAAAGUUUUAUUGCCACAGAGUUUUCAGAAAAUGGAAUUGUAUCUUGGAGAAUCAGUUGACCAACUUAACCUUCAAGCAGAGUUACCAUCGGAGAAGUUGAAAUUAGCCAACCCGCGAUUGCUUGUUGGAACAGCUGUCAAACUAUAUAAUCAAGCUGUUGAGCUACGGGAUAAAGGAGAUGCAGAGUUGAGCUAUGUUAGUUUUAUGAAAUAUUUGAACCUUGUCAACACCAUAAGAAAAAGUGCAGACUACAAGAAAGAUGAAAAGUACUACAAUAAUUUACUUGGACCCAAAAAUGUGAGAAAUGCAAUAGAGAAUGCAGAAAAUCUUCAAAAAGACCUUCAAAGAAGAUAUGAUGACAGAGCUGAAGAAGCACUCAUCAGAGAGAAAUUGGAAAAGCUUGAAAGAAAGGAGAAGCAAGACAAGGAAGACAAAGAAAAGCAAAUAAAAGAAAAAGCAACCAAUAUUGAAUUGUACUCCACAAACUUUCCAUCCAUUGAUGGUGGGUUUAUAUCAUCUUGGCAAUUGGAAGCCAUGAUAAAACAGAAAUCCACAUCUUUUAUCAUCUUUGAUGUUCGAUCCAAAGAGGACUUUGAAAAUUCUCACAUAAAACAUCCAAACUGUGUCAGCAUUCCAGAGGAUAAACUGAAACCAGGGUUGUCUGCUGCUGCUUUGUACAAAACUUUGCCGCUAGAAGCCAAGGUGGAUUGGCCAAAACGUUUAACUGCAGAUGUGAUAGUUUUGGUAGAUUGGUUUGGAGAAAAUCUUCCAGGAUCUGCAAUUUUUGCACUUGCAGAGAUCUUAACGAAGUGGGAUCCCAGCUCAAAGUAUAAAGGAGUUAUCAAGCUGCUAAGCAAAGGCUAUGAUGAGUGGUUAUUUAGAUUCCCAAUGCAAACAACGAAUCCCCAUGCUACCGCAGUUGCGAAACCUUCAAAGGUGGAAGAUAUCAGCCCUGUCGAAAAUAUCGAAUAUCCUGAUUUUGAUGAAGCUAUGAAACCACCAUCGAUUGAACCAAUUGCUUCCCCCCUGCCGUUCAUAAAUCGAACAACUAAACCUGCAAUAGAAGUCAAGAAAAUCGACAAAAUAUCAGUUGAGCCGUCCAUUCAACCGGUGCCUCUUCCGAGAUCAAACAUUCCUAAAACACCACCUGAUGACCAAGAUAUCGAAGUAGAGUUCGUAACUGGUCCACCGUCUGUUAAUCGGAUGGGUUCAGUCCCAAAAAUUGACCGAAACUUGAAGACGGAAGCUAUGGUAAAGUACCUUCAAGACGAGGAGAAGUUGGUUGAAAAACACCUAGCAAUAACAGCGGAUAGAUUGGCGAAAGAGGAAGAAUGGGAUAGGAUAAGAAGGGAAAAAGAAGCUUCAGCAAAUGACGAAAUCGCCAAUCACCUUCAAGAACGCGAGAUAGAAAUGGUUGAGUUACUCAAAAAAAUGGAAAACGAUAACAAACAACAGGAGUUAGAAAUUGCACGUCUGCGGAAAGAGGUGGAAACUAUUCGAUAUUAUGCAGAUACUUCCAACGACAAAACGAAGCCUGACACCGAAGAAACAAAUAUCCAGGCGCGCAUCAAUGAUAAAGAAGUAAAACAAGCAGCCAUGAAUCGUGAGGUUGAGAGGCUUAGGAAGUUACGUAAGAACGCGGAAAAAGCUCGAGAGAAAGAAAGAGAAGAACAAGAAAAAGAAGAGGAAUAUAAAAGAGGAAUGCAAAGAUUGAAAGAUGAGCAAUCUAGAAGAAAUGAAGAGAUGAAGAAAAAGAGGGAAGUCGAGAACAAACACGAAGAAGAAACAAGAAAAAGAUUAGAACAGCAGCAACAAAAUUUUUCAAGAAAAGAUGUUUUACAAAUAGACAGGUUGAAAGAUGAAUCGUCUUCCGGAUUCAGCUUGGGUUCGAAAAUGAAUCGUUCUCAUUCAACUCCAGAUUUAGCUCAGGCCCUACAAAAAGAAUCUGAGCGGGGUAACAGAGUGGCGAAAGUUGAUCGUGAUCUAAAACCGCGCGAUACAAAUCGAACAAACAUCAUCCGCACUUCUGAUUUGUCGAAAAAUCGCAAUUUUAAUCCGGUAUAUGGAAACAUGGGUCGUGGUCUGACCGGAUUAAAAAAUUUGGGCAACACUUGUUACAUGAACUCCAUUCUACAAUGCAUUUCGAAUAGUAUGCUUCUGACAAAUUUCUUUAUCGAUGGGUCUUAUAGGAAUUAUCUCAACGCAAGCAAUAAACAAACUCGAGGUGAAAUUUCAGAUGAAGUUUCUUCUACUUUGAAUGCUCUUUGGAGUGGCCAGUAUCGCUCAAUCUCAUGCAAAGACCUGAAAAAUGCAGUCGGGCGUUUCAAAUCAUCUUUCCGCGGUUAUGAACAGCAAGACUCGCACGAGUUUCUUACAAUUCUUGUGGACUGGUUGCACGAAGAGUUGAACGAGAUUCGCGUGAAAAGGCCGUUAAAAGAACAAAACAACUAUGGUAUUCCUGAUGAGAAAGCUGCAAACAUGGCUUGGGAGGACUAUUCUGCUUCAAAUAAAUCCAUCAUCGUCACUCUGUUUGCUGGUCAACAAAGAUCUAGUUUACGGUGCACCACCUGCCUUAAAGAAUCCGUGACGUUUGAGCCGUUUUUCAACCUGUCUCUUCCCAUCCCUCCAUCCAACACUCAGUGCAGCAUUAUGGAUUGCUUUCAACUGUACACGAAACCGGAACAAAUCAGCGGUUGGUCGUGCCCCUUUUGUAAAAAUAAACGAGGAGCUAGCAAAAAGAUUGACAUAUGGAAGUUACCUCCUGUGCUAGUCGUCCAUCUUCAAAGAUUUUACAACGACGGUUUAUGGAGAAAACGGUUAAAUAUGGUAGACUUUAAUGUGAAUGAAUUGGACUUAGACGUCAUCGUGAAGUGUCCUGAAGUCGUGGUGAAAAGUAAAAAGCCUCGCUAUUCUCGCUUCAAACUUUACGCAGUAUCAAAUCACUAUGGAACCAUGGAUGCAGGACACUAUACCGCAUAUUGCAAAAAUGCCGAGUACAAUAAGUGGUUCAAAUUUGACGAUCAGGAUGUAAUGGAAAUCAGUGGCAAUGAAGUCCGUUCUGCAGCUGCCUACAUUUUAUUCUACACGGCGAUCGAUUACCAGGCUCCACCUGUUAUUGUUGUUGAAGACUAAGCGGCAGGUUCACCAAUUUUUGCUUGACUAGCGCAUCCUUAAAGUGUUGAACAUUUUGAACAUGAAUUGUGCUUUAUUCCCUCUCUUUGGUUUUGUUUACGUGUCUAGUGCAUAAUUAUAAUUUUUUAAAUUU